GUUGAUAUUUUACAGAAUCGUAUUUUGAGGGGAGGGCAGCGCAGGGAUAAACCCCAGACUAGAUUUCACCCGCAAAUCCCUAAAAUCUCAUAAGCAAAAGUUUACUUGCGAGUUUACUUCGUGAAUCCGCCAAUUUAUUCGCUCAUUGUUUUGCAUGUAUCCAUCAAUCCCUGACGUUUCGGAGAGGAGAUAGCUUCAUAUAUAUUUGGUGGUUUCAAGAAAUCAGUCAGCUGAGCGGUUGAUUUUUCAAGACCCUGCAAAAUGUCAUCUACGCCGGCGAAUUUGUGGGUUUUGCUGGGGCUUGGGAUUGCAGGUAUAUUGAUUAUGACCAAGAGGUUGAAGAAAACCGUGAAGGCCGACUUUGGGGCCUUUAUUGAGCGUUUGCAACUAUUGCCGCCGCCGCAGCCUGCUCCUCCCAAAGCUCCUCACCCUCUUAGCGGUCUAUCUUUUGCGGUCUCUGAUGUAUACGAUAUAGAAGGAUUUGUAACUGGGUUUGGCAAUCCAGACUGGUCUAGGACUCAGGACCCUGCUACUCAGACAUGUCCUGUGGUUGCAGCUCUUGUCGAUGGCGGUGCUACUUGUGUUGGGAAAACUGUCGUGGAUGACAUGGCGCUAAGUGUUAGUGGACAAAACAAGCAUUAUGGUACACCAACUAAUCCCACCUUACCUGCACGAGUACCAGGAGGCGCCUCCAGUGGUGCUGCUGUGGCUGUUGCUGCUAAGCUUGUGGAUUUUGCUUUGGGCAUAGAUACUGAUGGCGGCGUGAGAGUGCCUGCUGAUUAUUGUGGUGUUAUUGGCUUUAGACCAUCGCAUGGAACUGUUUCCAUGACUGGUUUAAUUCCUGUUUCUGGAAGUCUUGACACGAUAGGAUGGUUUGCUAAAGAACCUGCUGUACUUCGACGUGUUGGUCAUGUGCUACUGCAAGUUCCAUAUGCUGCUCAACGAAAUCCAAGGAAUAUAUUUAUAGCCGAUGACUUUUUCCAGUCACAAAAAAUUCCUGCAGAGCGUAUAACUCAAGCGGUUAUAAAUUCCGUUGAGAAACUAUAUGGAAGGCAAGUUUUAAGGCAAGAUAAUCUUGGUGGUUAUAUUAACUUGAAGGUUCCAAGUUUAAAAGCAUUCAAGGAUAAGCAACUUAAUGGUGAGGUGAAAUCUUCUCCAUUAGGAUUUCUAGCAAAUGUCAUGCAGAAGAUUAAGAGGCAUGAGUUCAGACAAAAUCAUAAUAAAUGGAUCAACGCCAUAAAGCCUACUCUUGAUCCAAUCAUCUCAGCACAAAUAGCUGGAGAUGCAGAUUUGACUGAUGCAGAUAUUGAGAAGCUUCACACAAUCAGGAGUGAAUUGAGGUUGGCAAUAAAUGCCAUUUUAAAGGAUGACGGAAUAUUAGUUAUUCCUACUUGUUCUGAUCCUCCACCAAAACUUGGUGCCAAAGAGAUUUUUUCAGAGGACUACCUACUUCGAACAUCCUCCCUAUCAAGUUUAGCUAGUAUUUCAGGAUGCUGUCAGGUGGUUGUGCCACUUGGAGUUCAUGAAAAGUGCCCCAUUUCUCUAUCGCUUCUGGCUAGGCAUGGGGGUGAUAGAUUUUUACUGGACACUUUGCAGGCCAUGCAUGCAUCUUUACAAGAGCAGUUUGUUGCCGCUGCAAAACCUACGUCAUCCCCAAAAGCCAUAUCACAGGAAUCGUCUGCAGAGAUGGCAAAAGAAAAGGGCAAUCAAGCCUUCAAAGAGAAACAGUUUCCAAGAGCCGUUGGAUUUUAUACAGAGGCAAUCAAACUUAACAGUAAUAACGCAACAUACUACAGCAACAGGGCUGCAGCAUAUCUAGAGAUGGGAAGCUACCUCCAAGCUGAAACUGAUUCUACUCAAGCAAUUGAUCUUGAUAAAAAAAAUGUGAAGGCCUAUUUGAGGAGAGGAACUGCACGGGAAAUGUUGGGCUACUAUAAAGAAGCAAUGGAAGAUUUCCGGCAUGCGCUUGUACUUGAGCCAAACAACAAAAGAGCAGCUCAGUCGACGGACAGGCUGAAGAGAUGGUUUCAGUAGAGUUUAUACUAGGUGAAACAUCCAGGGAUCCCUGUGGUUGCCACAUAGUAUAUGGAACCGGUACAAAGUUUUCCGAGUAGUGCUCUGACUUUUUGGCCCUAAUGCCUUUGACAGCAGUAUCCAUUUCUUGCCAUGCAGGCAUGGCAACUUGAAGAGAAAUAUGCAUGCAGGCAUGGUAUAUGAGCCAUUUGUGUGGUUCACACUAUUUUAUUUGUUAAAUGCAAUUUCGUUCACCUACGUAUCAUACUCAUCACUUUAGGUUGUAAUUUUAAACCAGCUGGAGGAUUCAUUUGGUUGUUCCACAAGUUUAUUGUGGGCAGUUUUGUUGGGAGCAAUAAUUGGUACUUUAAACACUGGCCUUUCUGUGACCAUCAAAUAUUUAUAAGAGUUGGAUUUGCAGCUGAUUUCUGUA